GGGGCGGGCGACGCCGCUUCCGGCGGGCGGGGCGGCGAUGGCGGCGGCGGGGCGGCGCGGGGGCGGCUGCCUGCUGCUGGGCGCCGCGGGCGUCGGCAAGAGCCUGCUGGGGAAGCGGCUCCGGCAGCUGAGCUCCCGGGACGGGGCCAAGGAGCUGGGCGAGCCCCCGGCCACGCUGCCCACGGUGGGCACCAACCUGACGGAGCUGCCGCUGCCGCCGAAGGUGACGGUGCGGGAGCUGGGCGGCUGCAUGGGCCCCAUCUGGCCCAGCUACUACGGGGAGUGCGGCGCCGUGAUGUUCGUGAUCGACGCCGCCAACCCCACCCAGGUGUCCUCGUCCUGCGUCCAGCUGCUGGCCCUGCUGUCUGCCGAGCAGCUUGCCGCCGUGCCCGUGCUGAUCCUCUUCAACAAGAUUGAUCUGCCCUGCUACAUGUCGCUGGUGGAGAUGAAGUCGCUGUUCCGCAUGCAAGACAUCGUCUCCUGCGCUACGCAGCCCAUCACGAUUCUGGAGGCCAGCGCGCGUGACGGCACCGGGCUGUCCGACGUCCUGCAGUGGCUGAAGGACACCUUCAGGGACCCCAGCUGACCUGCCCUGUCCUGCCCCCUGAUGGCAGGGGGCAGCUCCUUAGGACGUUGCCUGUGGCAGCCCUUUAGGACUUUACUGUAAAACUGUGAAACUUCCA